AUGCAUUCAUCAGCACUCCUCUCCUCCAUUCUCCUCAGCGCCGUGGCCUUGGCUGCGCCGUCUGCACCCAGGAGCGACGACUCCUCCAUCGACAGCGUGCUGCCGCCCGUCGUCCCCGUCAACACGCGCGCCGCCGACCCAGAGCUCAUCACCAAGCUCAUGACGGCCCCAACCCAGCGCCAGCGCGCCAACCUACUCGACCAGCCCGGCGACUUUGUCUUUGACUUCACCGAUCUCUCGGUCCCCGGGUCCGAGUCCAAGGGAAAGGGCGGCUUCUCCACCUCAGCCACAGCCCGGACCUUCCCGGCCCUCAUCGGCAACGGCGCCGGCAUGACGCUCGGCUUCCUCGGCCCCUGCGGCAUGAACACAGCCCACGUGCACCCGCGCGCCACCGAGCUCAACGUCGUCGUCAAGGGCCGCCUCGUGACCAACUUUGUCAUCGAGAACGGCGUCGAGCCCAUCGAGAACACAAUGUCGCUCUACCAGAUGAGCGUGUUUCCCAAGGGCGCGAUUCAUCAAGAAUACAACCCUGAUUGUGAAGACUCCGUCUUCGUCGCCGGCUUCAACGACCCCGACCCCGGCGUCGAGCAGGUCGCCCAGGCCUUCUUCAGCCUCAACCCCGAGGUCGUCUCGGCCACGCUCGGCGGUGUCACGACUCUCGACGGCAAGGACAUUGCGAGCUUCCGCGAGCACAUUCCCGAUAAUGUCGCCCUCGGCAUCGAGGCGUGCCUCAACAAGUGCGGCCUCAAGAGGAAUGCCAAGAGGGAUGACUUCUUCCUCAACUAG